AUGGGCGACGCCCGCCAGGAAAGAGAAGUUGACGAGCAUGGGUUUAUAGAUUUACAUGCAUCCACUGCUGGACAUAGGCCUCCUUUCUUAGCGCUUGGAUCUAAAAGCGAUCCCAAGCGUACCCACUCAACGCGACCUGAAAGGAACCGAUGGGUUUUAGUGGGUAGUUCGACGUUUUUCCGAGAAUCUCACAUAACCCUCUCUCGCCCUACGGCAGGGAAAGUGUCUUUAAUAUCAUCAAAGUUUAAAGAAUUUUCUACAGACAAUUCAAAAAUAUAUAUAUCUGACCUAGAGGCCUCUUCAACCAGGGCCCUCUUGGGUCGGGGGCCCGUGGCAUUUGACCAGCCCUGCCCCCCUAUAGUUGCCCUGCUUCCAGUGCAGGAAGGAAUUUUUGUCGCCCUCAUCUCGCUGGCUUCGGCCAAGCCUAAACCUGGAGGCAUCUGGGGAGCACCCGCAGUAAGUAAAUGUAUAAAGAACAAGACGUCUGAUUACUUCAAAAAACUAAUUUUAUUUGCGACCAAUUCUAAACUUAACUACCGAUUAAGGCUUAACAUCGCUGAAGAAAUUUGGGUAUCGCCUGUCAGCUACGUAUCACAACCGGUUGCAGCACAACAGUAUACGGUUGCACAACCGGUUGUACAAGCUGCCCCAGUUGUUCACGCUGCCCCGGUUGUUCACGCUGCCCCUGCUGUUGUCCACGCUGCCCCGGCCGUUGUCCACGCUGCUCCCGCAGCAGCCACUAGCUACUCUACAUUCCAACGAGUCAUACACCCAGUGGCAGUGGCACAACCCGUUGUCCACGCUGCUCCUGUUAUCUCACAGCCCAUAGUUCACGCGCCUGUUGCAGUAGCACAACCCGUUGUACAUGCCGCACCUGUUGUUUCACAACCGGUUGUACAGACCUACGCGCAACCCUACGUUGGUGCUGGCAGCGUCAAUGCUAAUACACCACCUUUAAAAAAUGGAAGUGAUCUGAGAGAAUCGGGUUACUUGAUAGCGGUUCCGAAGAAGACACAAGAACAAAAUGUUAGUAAUAUCACUUUUGAUUCUACUCCUUCUACUUCUGUGUUUGGCUGUGGUUAUGACGGUGUUAUUGCGAUAGACGCAGCUCUUAUUGGAGUUGAAAAUCAUAUAGAGUUAGAAACGUUUGGAUUAAGAAAGCAUAGCCCUAUAAAUACUAAAACACUCAGCACAAACGUUCAAGAUAUAAAUUAUUCAUUACAUUUUGUCGUCAAUGCUUUUCCCCACAUCAUAGGAGCAGUUACUGUCCCAUGA